GGAGGCGUCCUGCAGCUCGUCGGGACCAGAGGAGAGGAGCGGCCGCCAUGUUAACCAAGAAGCCCGGAGCCUCGGUCCUCCCGACGGGCAAAUCGGGCGAGCCGGUCUACUCUCCGGGUCACAGCGGCUCUCAGACAACAUCGCCCGCCGCCCUGCCGCCACUCCGUAACAACAACCACAACCCCCUGACGGGAGGUCCUAAAGCCACCAUGUCGGACACCGUCCAGCUAUCGUCGCAGUCGCAGGUCCACAUCACCCAGCUGUACGAGGAGAACAUCAACAAGCUCUCGGCCCUGACCUCGCAGCCCAACGGCCUGGCUCCGUUAGGCUCCACGCGCCCGGGCCUGCCGCUGCCGGACCGACAGACUUCAGCGUCGGAGCUGGCUCAUCACUGCCGCCAGGGCAGCGCCACCUCCAACAAGUCUGCUGACAGCAAGCCAAAGCCCAGUGCGCUGACCCCCGACCAGGUCAUGAAGCAGUUCGUGUCCAAAAUGUCCUCGUUUGAACACCACGAGGUGUUCAGCUACCCAGAGGUGUAUUUUGUUGGUCCAAAUGCAAAGAAGAGGUCAGGCGUUCUGGGCGGAGCCAACAAUAGUGGCUAUGACGAUGAUCAAGGGUCCUACAUCCACGUCCCACAUGACCACAUCUCCUACCGUUUUGAAGUCCUGAAAGUCAUCGGUAAAGGAAGCUUUGGACAGGUGGUGAAGGCCUUCGACCACAAAACUCAGACUCACGUGGCUCUGAAGAUGGUCCGGAACGAGAAGCGCUUCCACCGGCAGGCGGCAGAGGAGAUCCGCAUCCUGGAGCACCUGAGGAAGCAGGACAAGGACUCCAGCAUGAACGUCAUCCACAUGCUGGAGAACUUCACCUUCCGAAACCACAUCUGCAUGACGUUUGAGCUGCUCAGCAUGAACCUGUACGAGCUCAUCAAGAAGAACAAGUUCCAGGGCUUCAGCCUCCCGCUGGUCAGGAAGUUUGCCCACUCCAUCCUGCAGUGCCUGGACGCACUGCACAAGAAUCGCAUCAUUCACUGUGACCUCAAGCCGGAAAACAUUUUACUGAAGCAGCAAGGACGCAGCGGCACCAAGGUCAUAGAUUUUGGUUCCAGCUGUUAUGAGCAUCAGAGGGUUUACACCUACAUCCAGUCCAGGUUCUACCGAGCACCUGAGGUUAUUCUAGGUUCCAGGUACGGGAUGCCUAUUGACAUGUGGUCCCUGGGCUGCAUCCUCGCUGAGCUGCUGACUGGUUACCCGCUCCUGCCAGGUGAAGAUGAAGCAGACCAGCUCGCCUGCAUCAUUGAACUACUGGGAAUGCCCGGUCAGAAGAUCCUCGACGCCUCCAAGCGGGCGAAAAACUUUGUGUCAUCCAAAGGGUACCCACGGUAUUGCACUGUUACCACCCUGCCCGACGGUAGCACGGUGCUGAACAGUGGACGCUCACGACGGGGGAAAGUACGCGGCCCCCCAGGCAGCAAGGACUGGAGCACAGCGCUGAAGGGUUGCGAUGACCCCCUCUUCCUAGACUUCCUCAAACAGUGUCUGGAGUGGGAUCCGGCCCUCAGGAUGACGCCGAGCCAGGCACUACGCCACCCUUGGCUCAGGAGGCGGCUCCCCAAGCCACCGACGGGAACCACCACAGGAGAUAAGACCUCUUCAUUCAAACGGGGCACUGCCACCGACGGCGGCAUCACCUCCAUCUCCAAGCUCGCUACCACCUCCUCAACCGCCACCUCCUCCUCCAAAACUAGGACUAACUUAGCUGCAAUCACUGACGCCAAUGGAAACAUCCAGCCUAGAACAGUUCUGCCCAAACUGGUGAGCUGAGAAUGAAUGCACCCCGCUCGCUGUGGUGAGCAACGAAAGGUGAGCGUCUGAGUAACCAGCUAAACUUGAAAUAAAACCGGUCUGUCCAGCUUUCCAGGUUUUAUAAGCGUUGCUGGGGUGCAUUCAAGACUACUGCAGUCGUAUUCAAACAGACCUGCAAAGUUACAUGGCUGGGAUGUAAGCUGACCUGAUAGACUUGGGUGCGUUUAGACACCCCUAACUCUCAGCCUUGCAUGGAAAAGACGGAAGUUAUUUUAUAUUUUGAGCAGCAAGACAAGAAGUAAAACAAAAACAAAAAAUUGAUAAAAAAAAAAAAAAAGGUUUGACAUGUCUACGGGGCUGCUCAGACAAUCAGAACACAUCACACCACUCUGUAGCUCCAGACUCACAAACACAUGACAAACAUGGUGCUGAUGGAGGGAACAAGGCUUUUUAAAAUAUUUUUAGCACAGAAUCUAUUUAGCUGAGUUGAUUAAUCAACACAACACCAAAAUACUGAGUGACUUAAGUCUUACAAGGUUAUAUCUACAGACAGUUGUCAGACCUCACAGAAGAGGGACUUUGUUCCCAACUGACACGUGUGAUAUAUCCUUUUAAUACUAAAGCUACAGCUCUGAAGCGAUUAGCAUGCUGGUUUUUAUUUCUUUUUUUUCUUUUUUUUUAAUGAAACAAUUGAUAGUGUUUUAGUGUAGAGGUUUUGGUGGGAAUUUAUCUUCUUUUUUUUUUUUUUGUAACAGAAAUGACCACUAUCAAAGAUCCUACAACCCUGACUUUAACCAUCUACCUGUUAGCUAGCUAACUUUCUUAGCUAGGCUUUAUUACAUAUGGAGUAGCUAGCCGGUGUUAGCUCGCUAGCAUAGUGCCUGAGCUGGCUAACUGUUAACUGGCACUGGUUGGUUAUUAAACAGCUAUUUGUUGUAGUGCUACCUAUUUUGGAUUGAACUGGCUAGCAGUUAGCCUAGCAGACUUUAAGCGUCAGCUAACAUUUGCUGACUCACUCUUGGCCUUGUUUGGCAGUUCUGUGGCCUUAGCCAUAUUUAGCCAUAGUAGUUUAGCUCUCCACUGCCCAAGCCUUAUAAAACACAGAAUGACUAAAUGUUCUCACGUUUGACCAUUAAGUGUUUUUUUUACAUGUUUGCUUUAAAGAUUAGCAAGGAAGCUUAGGUUAAGAUGAAGAGAGAUGUUGGCGAAGGAUGUUUGUGUCAACAAUAACCAGCUUGUUCACUUUUUAUGAACCAACUCUGACCAUCAAGGGGGGCAGAUUUGAUGUUGAAGUAUUGAAUCUAGGGGAAGGGAUUUUCAGAUAAAUUAUAAAAAUGUGGCCAUCAAAGGGCUCUGUAACAAAAAAGAUUUGUAUUUAUACUUUUAAGUUUUAAAAAAAAAAAAUUGAAAAAAAGAUAUGGAAUAUACAUUUUGAAUUACUUUUAAUUCUUACCUGCUAUCAAAAAAAAGUUUGGCGCUAAUACAAUUCCGGGCACAGAGACAUCUUGAAACCAAAAUACUGUGUGUAAUAAAACAAGUCAGGCUGUAAUUACGUGGGACCUAUUAUGCUUUUAUUUUUUCAGAUUUUUAUCCGUAACACAGCUACACUUUUACCUCCCUUAAAAGCUUCUUUUAUGCAAUCAUUUGUUCAACAAAUUUGAACAAUGGCUCACAGCUAAAUGAUGUUCAGGAGGGAACCCUUAGGCCACGUUUACACGUAGUAUUACAAAAAUUGAUAUUUCCCCCUCUACGUUUUGAAAAAUACCAUCAUUUACACAAACUCGCAUAAAUACGCUGUUAAGGUGCUAUGAGCAGCCAAACCUACAGGGGGCAGUGUAACGAGAAGCAUAAAGUCAUGAUAGCCAAUCAGAAUCCUGGAUAAAAACAUCAACAAAUGACACGUAUAACUUCCAGUUAAUUCCAAUGUGGAACGAUAGUCUUUCGUUUGGAGUGACAGAGAAGUUGAGUUACUUUUAAGUGUGACUUUAGAAUAUAAAACAGGUUAAAUACAAGAAAAUAUUGAUGGUGGCCAAACAAAUUGUAAACACAGGUCGCUGGUGACGUUUCUGUCGCAUAAUCUGACGUUCUGAAGCCUAAAUGUCCAUUUCUCUCUGUUUACAAGCAAACGCGAAGACAGAGUUUUUGCAAACUUUGGCCGGAGUUUUCAGAAAUGGUCAUUUUUGGUGACUUUGAGUUCCGUUUUCGUGUAAACAAACGGCCAAAACUCAUGAAAACACCACCAUUUUUGCUACGUGUAAACGGGUCCUUAAAGAGACUCGAGCUAGAAAUAUUUGUUUCCCUGGAUUGGCAGAGAGUUUGCAUCAAGUGUCAGUUGAAGAUUAAGUUUUCUUUCUUAACUAAUAGUCCGUUGGAGCUCUUUUAGUGAAAUCUUCGGAUAAAAACCUCUACAAAUAAGCAUAAUAGGUCCCCUUCAAAGUUGUCAGCGAGAAUGUCACAGCCCAGAAACCUGGAUGUUUUUACCUCUGGCAGCUCGGGAAAUGUGGUUUUCUCCAGUAGUUUAACAAUUCAAAAUUGUCAAUUAAAAAAAAAAAUUGAUAAAUAAAGAGCCAAAGAGAGGGUGAAGUAGGCGGCAGGUUGUUAUUGAAGAUUUUAUAUGUAACUUGAGCUCAGCAGCAGAGUCUGAAGGUACUUUCAGCUCAGGGUUAGUGGAGAGAAAUGUCAGUCAUCUUUUACAUUAUAGGCCUCAAAUUGUAACACAAACUGUGUAGUAAAUAUCAUAAUCAUUAACAGAUUACGUUAGCUGUUAACCAUCUUAUUUAUAAUCCUGAAAAUGACACUGUUUUCGAGGACAGAUAGCAGCCUUUCACAGGUGACAUUUGUAAACUUUAUUUAAUUUAUUUUAAUUUUAUUUGACGUGGAUUAGUGUAGCAUUAACAUAGGUGUCCACAAAUGGGCUGUCACCGUUUAAAUCUUUUUUUUUUUUUUUUCUCUCUCUUGCUUGUUGCACCUACCCGUGUCUCAAGUCUGUCAUUUGGACAUAGGAGUAGGCAUAAACUGUAGUUUUAAUUCAGGGUUUGCUUCAAAGUAGUGAAGUCAGUAUGAGAAACAGUAUUUAAGGAGGGCCCAGUCACAUCAGUGCGGUGUGUAACAAGGAAUACCCAUCAUACACCAAAAUGCAUUCUCCACUCAGCUGCAGUUUAAGAUCAAGCUGAAGGUGGAUUAUUUGAUAUCAAUACUUAAAAAAAACAAAACAAUUUAUGGCACAAAAAAAAAUUAUUUUUAUCUUCAAUCACAUCUCGUAAAUUUAAGAUAAAUCUUUAAAAUAAGAAAGAUUACUUUUUUUUUUUUAACUGGGUUGACACUGAAGAGUAAUGAAUAGCAUUUUGUUUUAAUCUGACAUCUUGGAAAGGACCACUGAUAUUUAUAAAUAUUUUAAACUGCAAAGAUUUAGUGAGACCUGGAAGAAAAAAAAAACCCAGUUAAGAUUAAUUUGUGUCAAAUUAAUUCAUAAAAGCUUCACAGCUUGCUUGUGGUUCCAAAUGAAACUACAUGAGCAUUUGUAGGAAUCACUUUCACUUCCUGUUGUGACUGGGAUCUUCAGUUAACCCACACUAGCAGAAGCUUUCUGCUGUAGCACCACAGUAGAUCCGAUCAAUUCAUUCAACUUAGACAAGCAUCAAAUCUGUGAUCAAACUCAACUGCUGAUAUGUUCAGUAUUGUUAUCUAUUACUAGCGAUGAGUGUGAUUGGAAUGAAGAUGGGAGGUGUGUCAGAAGAUUUUUAUUUAUUUGCCACAGUUUAAUAUUUAUAAGUCUAAUCUAUGUAUUUACUAUGACGUGCAGUUCGUACUGUAUACUUGAAUGUGUGUGCGUGUAGCAGUACGUGUGUGUAUGUGUGUGCGUGCAAUAUCAAAAGGUUUUUUCAAAGCUUGUUCCCUCAAACACAUUCACACAAAGACACAGACACACACAUGCACACAACUAUAUCGGAACGCAUUCUGAAAAUGAAUCAUGAUGCGCUGGAGGAUCAAGAUGACGGUGAGGAGGAAGGGGUUCCCAGGAUUGACCAUAUCGCAAUUGGCAGGUUGAUGAAAUGUAGCGCACAGGAAGUGGAUGACAUUACGUGAUGCACAGGAAAAAAUGUCAAUGCGGAACACACAGACCCGAUCUGCUCCACCCAUCUCAGGGGAAGCUCCACCCCCUCCUCAUGGAGGAGGAGGAGCAACUUGAGAGGGGAUCUUUGAUGUUUUUGUUUUCUAAACAGUUUGACUGGAUGUUUGGUUGUGUGUAAUUUUUUUUUUUUUCUUUUGUUAAUUUUUUACGUUUUUAGUGAGACGGAGUGCUGAGAGUCGUAACUUUGUGCCUUCAAGUAUUUCAUCGCCAUGCCACGCCCACCUGACACACACAUGCAGACAUUUUUACAUGGUGGUUGUAUCUUGUGAACAGUCGCUGGUUAUAUUUCACAAAAACUCAGCAAUCAGGGAAUCAUGUUGUAUCUUUAGGUGCAACUCCGAACAAUGUUGUUGGCUUAAGUCUGCAAAUUGACUGGUUCCUUUUUUGGUUAAAAAAAUUCAACGAAAUACCAGGUGAAUCGUGAUGUCAGAAUACUCUUGAUAUGGACCCAUUAAAAAUCCUACACAGUCCUGGCCCCAUAACCCUGUCGACAAAUCUUACCAUGUUUCGUUAAUCUGUUGUUUCAAAAAUCAACAGAUGUGAUGUCAUCCAGAAAUUCCUUACCUUGCCUUUUAAUGAACCAGAAAAAGUAGGAAGUACCAGUAGCGGCAACAAAAUAUUCCUAAAGAAUUAAUGAUAAAGCUGAACUGAAAACUGAUAAAUAAAACAUAAAAAAGGAAUGUUCAAUUUACACAUUAUCAAUUUUUUAUUUUAUUAAUGUUUUGUUUUUUCUAGAAAUUCAACAAUUAGUAGGCCAUAGUUGCAGUAAAACAAGAACCCUGCCCAACCAGCUUAACUGGGGUGAAUAAAUGCUCAUGUUUUCGUUGGGAACAGUCCCUUAGGGCAAAGUGGAUUUAAAACUUUUGUUCCCACCCUCUGAGAAAAAUAUGACCAUUACAGGAAAAACAAUUCGCCUUUAUUUCCCUAGAAUACAUCACAUCAGAAAGUAGCUUAUUAAUAAAAAAAGAUUUUUAUUAAUAGAAAAAGGAAUUUUAGCCAUUGUGUAUACAGGGUAAUUCAGUUCAAGUUUCAAUCAACCAGGAACUUAAAUUCUUGCUCAGGUUUGUUUUGAAUGGCUAAACUUGAUGUUUUACUGAUGAGAAAAAAACGUAACAAUUGUUAAAAGAGGAAGAAAAUUAAAAUUUUAUUUUUUCAAUUAAACAAAAAGUACAAAAAUUUGAUAUGAUAUAAUGUUGAAUUAAAAAAAUUGCGGAUUUACUGUAGUUUUGGGUCUUUUUCCAGUAAAAAACAUGUUCGUUUUUUUUUCUUAAAUAAACUGUUGCAACUAAUUUUUUUUCCAUUAAAUUACAAUCUCUAAAAAUAUAAUCUCUCUACGUUGGGUCCUCAGAGUAUUCAUUAAGCCACGUAAACAGUAUCUUCACUUGCCUCAAGUAUUUUGUAUCUUCACAAUUCAUUCUUGGGCCUCCUUGAUGUUUACAGAGCCAACAACGGAGCAGGCCAAUAGAUUCAGAUUGUAGCUUUAAACUGAUCUGCACUGAUAUGGCCAAGUGUUUGUGUGUGUCAGGACGGGGGGGGUCAGGGGUUUGUAUAACAUGGCUGCACAAUGUACAGACACAUAUCAGCCCAGCGUCGCCUCAGGACCGGGCGGCGCCUGCUGAUUACAGGGCUAAACUGACACUUUCCGUUGGACUGCUAGUGUCCAGCCGCUCGCUGCUGCACUGACGUUGGUUUUAUCUACAGUGACGCUAACACUAGCCUACUGCUAAAUGAAUUCUAGUAGCUAAUAGCACGAUUCUGCCUGCUGUCUACGGCUAUGCUGAGUUCUGCAGAGGCGUUCAAGCAGGCUGUUAGCAUUAAUGUGAUUAUUUUUUUAAAGCUUUUUUUUUUCAUGUUUGUACCUCAGAUUGCAUUAAUGUUGUUGUUUUGUCUAACACCCAGGGCAUUUGGUUGAAUCUACCAAAGUGCAUUCCUUUACAAAGCUAGCAAAACGCUAACUGCUCAAGCACACAGGUAGGCUGUCAGAAAGUACGAUAGAAAGCAAAACGUAAGUGAACAAGGAUGCAAUCAAGGAAGAAGGAGCUGCCUCUCAGACAACAAAAAAAAAAGAAAGCCAAUGUGGCAGAAAAACAUAAAUAAAUAAGACUGGCUGGCCUCUUGGUAGCAUUCAUUUUUGUUAACUGUGUGAAAGCAGCUGUAGCCUGUAAGCCUACUAGCUCAUUAGCAGUUUUUUUUUUUGUUUUUGUUUUAUUUUUUAGAGGCAGCCAGAGUUGUGAAGCCGUUAGCAUGAGAUUGAGCUGGAAUUCUGUAAUGUUUCCAGAUGGAUUUUAAUUGUUGAUUUUAUAUGUAAAUAUUGUGCAAAGUGUUUGAAUAAUACUUUUUUUGGGGGGGAGGUGUUAAAUGCGCCGCAGUGCCACGGCGUGGCCAGUUUUGCAAUGUACUGUAUCUACUGUACAGAACACAGAAGUUGACACUUUUUUAGUGAGCCUUUGUUAAAUUUUAUUGUGGUGGAAAAAAAUAUUAAACAAUUUUAUUGUUCAACUUUAUGUAUUGGUCAUUUGUGAGGUUAGUUUUGAUUUAUAAAGUU